AUGGCUUCACGAAUGUCAAUAAGAAAACAGUUUUUAUCGUUUCGUUCAUUUUCUUUACCUUUAUUAGUAUCAGCUGCAACAACCGAUACACCAACAACAUGUUAUGUUAUAAAUGGACAACAUAAUGCCAAUGCAGGGUAUAGAUGUGAUAAUUCAACAACAGGUCAUAGUUCAUGUUGCGCAGCUGGUGCUAUAUGUUUUUCAAAUGGUGUUUGUCAACAAGCAAAUGGCGAUGUCCAAGAUUAUUUAAGAGUUGGAUGUACAGAUCCUACAUGGCAAGAUCCAGCUUGUUUAAAUCAAUGUAAUAGCUAUGCUAGAAGUUCAACUGCUGGUAUAAGAUUUUGUAAUGGAGCUAUAACAUCGACAACAGAAUAUUGUUGUGAUACAGGCGCCAAUGGUGUAGGAAGUUUUGCCUGUUGCGAUAAUGACUCAGAUAUAUUCAACAUCUCGCCCGUAGCAAAACUCCUCGCUCAAGUUCCCCUCGACUACACCUUUUCAUCUUCUUCAUCUUCACCAUCCACAUCUUCUGCGUCUUCUACAUCUGCUACAUCUUCCGCCACCACUUCAUCGAUAUCAACAACCACCACAUCUAGUUCAAGCACAGUAGCAACCUCCGAGUCAGCCGCCUCCCAAACAUCCACUGCCCCUCUCCCUUCCGCAACCUCGUCAUCUUCUUCUUCUAAUCACGCUGUCGCCAUUGGUGCCGGAAUCGCUAUUCCCUGUGGUAUCCUCGCUAUCGCUGCUCUUGGGUGGUUUUUAUGGAGAAAAAGACGUGCGUCAAAGCAACAGGCGAAUCAACUUCCUCAGAAUGAAGCGGGAGCUCCCGGCCAAGAAUAUCAAAAUCCAAAUCAGAAUUCACAAGGAUAUCAGCCUACAGAAGGAGCUUAUAUGCAGAACCAACACCGAAUGGCUGGGCAUGGAGAGUAUGGUCCGAGUGAAAUUGGAACGGGAUACCCUAGGGGAAACUUGGGCGAGGCAGGGGGUAUCGGGAUAGCGGAUAAGAAGGGUUAUUAUGCACCACAGCCGAGCGAGAUGGAACAGCCAAGAACGGUGCAUGAGAUGGACGGGAGUCGUUUCCGCAGGUAAUGAUAUGAGGAGUGAAAUUAAGAUUUGAAUUCAAAGUCAAGAUUUAGAGUUUUGGGGGGUGAGAUUAAUUCAGAAGCGGCAUGUGCGGGGUAUAUCCCGAGAACAAUCGAUUCGAUUCGAUGCUGAAACCUGGAGGGAGCUGUGGGGGAAAAGAAGCACAUCUAAUUCACAGGUCGUGAUUAUACGAAAAGGCACGUGUACUCUGCGAUCAAAUACCACUCGGUAAACAGAGCCACCAAGUUCCACCAACCGGACACGCCAAACUCGGAAAUCCAACAUCCUCGCAUGUUUGUACAUAUUUUUAGCGCGCUUCUUGUUAUUUUAUGAUUGAGACGAUGCGCUAAGCGGUAUUAUACCUUUUUGCAGCGGCUUUUAUGAUGGGAAAUCAAGGGAAGAAGGGUUUAUGAUUAGUUGUUGUUGUAACUUUGUU